AUGUCCUGUUUGGUGACCGCAGGUGACCUGGAGAACCAGGCUGAGGUGGAAGAGAAGACAAGACUCAUCAACCAGGUGCUGGAGCUUCAGCACACUUUAGAGGACCUGUCUUCCCGUGUGGAUGCGGUCAAAGAAGAGAACCUGAAGCUGAAGUCGGAGAACCAGGUUCUGGGUCAGUACAUCGAGAACCUCAUGUCUGCCUCCAGUGUCUUCCAGACCACUGACACCAAGAGCAAACGGAAGUAAGGAGAACCUCGGACCUUGACCUAGACCCCCCCACAAACACACACACACAAACCCAGUUUCUAAUCUGAACCCCAAAACUGAUCCCAAACCAACCUGGAUGACUGGACUUUGGUAAUGAUCAUGGACUUUUUAAUGCUGUCUAAGCUUAAAACAUGUUUCUCAUUCUGCAGUUAGGGUGUUAGUGGGCACUCAGACUGCUCCAGCAAAAACACAGCUCCCUGUUGUGCUUUAACGCACCAGGCUGCGUUGGUCGGGAGGUGAGGGGUUGCAGGGGGAGUGUUGUAGGAGUGUAGGAUACGGCCAUGUUGUGGUGAGCCGAACUGAGUGGCUUCAUUUGCAUUUUCAGCCUGUGAGUUUCUGUUGUGUUUUGGUUAGCCAUGCUGCUAAUGGAUCCUCCUCUACCUUAGCACCAAUUCUACCACCAGUGUGCUGGCAUUGAUAGAUAAAAAACAGAGUUUGACAUCCAGGCCUCACGAAAAUGCAUGGUGUGCCAUUAUGGUGCGUUAACUGUGGCCCAAAUUCGACAGUGAGGAAUCGUGAAUGCUCAUGCUAACAAGGUAAACAAAAGAGUGUUCUGCCUGUAGGCGUAGGCGUCCACGUCCCAGUCGUCCCCUGUAUGUGAUUGGUCAACACAGCACCGUUGCUGGAUGAUGUCUGAUACAGAUCCAACUUUUUCACUGAAUGGGGCUUCAUUGUUUUGCUGGCGCCGGCUGUGAUGAACACAAUGCCCCGCAGAAAUGGAUCGGGAGGCUGCUCUUUUUCCACACCUUUGAAACUCAGCCUGAACAUGGUCUUAGUCAUGUUCUGAAUGUGUGCACAAGGUGGCAGUGUUGCAUUGGUCAAAUCACAUUGUACAGAAAAUGAAAAGAGAGCGCCCACUGAAACCGGUUUCAUUCACGAAAACAGAUCUGCAGUUUUAUGAAGAUCAGCAAAUAAGCACCACAGGAUUUUCAGCCAAAGCUGAAUACACUACAUGAGUUGUGGUAACGCUAAAUUUCUUUCUCAUGUAAGCAAAGAUGCAUCUUUUCAGAAACAUGUUUUAACCUUUUGUCAAAUGAAAUGCUGACACUUCUAGAUUCGUAUCUAACUUCACAUCCCAGGACCCUGACAUACCGACAGCAGGACCACAACAGGCUCACAGAUGUGCAGUUCUCAAAGCCAUCCAGCUGCACAGUGACUGGACAGCAUGUCAGAAUGACAAGGCUAAUAACAGACAGUAGUUUGGCCAAAGGGUCCCCACUGUGGAACAAGCUGCUGUGUUUGAACCACAUUGUGUAAACUGUGGUUAUUGGCUAUAAAACUGAAAUUCUGGCUAACUACAGCAUGUUUAAAUUGUAUGGUGGUUAUUUUGUGCUAUAAAUUAAAAGAGAACUAGCACUAAAACUAAAGACAAAAACAGAGCACAAGGAUGAAGAACUGAUGCUAACAAAGGACAAUGUCCUGAUAGUAUAUAGACAGAGAUUUUCUGGAUUCAGAAAAAAAGUCACUUUCCAAAAACCACCAAAAUUAUUAAGAAGUAAAUUUGUAUGCUACAUUUGUCCUUGCACUUCCAAAGGACUUGUACCACACGUCACUCUUAUUUUUGUAUUUGCAGUUUUGUUGCUAUAAUAGUUUAGCUGUUUCUGCUUAUGAUCUCUCUAAAGAGAGGAUCUAAAAGUCUGUUUGGAAAUUUCCACUCUUUAACAUGUGAGUACGCUGUUAGCAAAAAAAAAAAAAAAAAGAGCACAUUGUUAGUUCUGGAUAGCAAACAUAAGAUAGAAUUGCAAAGAGAAAAGCUAACAGCAGCAGUAGUGCUCACCGGGCCACACAAAGUUCGCCCUAUAGGACAUGAAAAAUGACCUGUGUCUAACUUGUAUCCAGAACAUCAAUGGGCAAUAUGGGUUAAAGAGCACACAAGCCCCACCCACACAAGUGCUGUUAGCA